CAAAGGCGCUUUGCAGCCUGUUCCAUUCCUUCAUUCACUGUCGCUAGCUCGGCACAUCCAUUCAUUACAUACACACGUACAUACAUACACCGAGUCCUAGUGACCCCCGAUACACGACGAACCGACGUCCGUCCUUCACUUCGAGCCAACAAUCUACAAUCUUCUUCUUCUUUCUGCUUUUACGAACCAAUUUCUCGAAUAGCAAAAAACACAAUGAAGACGCAGUCUAUGCUUGUUGCGGCCCUGGCUUCGGCCCCUUCGGUCCUGGCCCACACUGUUUUUACCGACUACUACGUCAAUGGCAUGCCCGUGGGUGACGGUGUCGCGAUCCGCAUGAGUAACGAUCCAGAGCACAGCAGCGCUCCUAUUCGCGGUCUCGGCAGCUCCGAUAUGGCUUGCAAUGCUGGUGGCACCAAGGGUGUCUCGCGCGUCCAGCCCGUCAAGGACGGUUCUGUUCUUACCUUUGAGAUCCGCGCUUGGCCCUCUGACCCUUCCAAGGAGCGUCUUGACCCCGGCCACAAGGGUCCCUGUGCCGUCUACCUGAAGAAGGUCAGCGAUGCCACCACCGACACGGCUGCUGGUGACGGCUGGUUCAAGAUUUUCGACCACGGCUACGACACGGCGACCAAGCGCUGGUGCACUGACGACAUCAUCGCCAACAACGGUCUCCUCUCUGUCAAGCUCCCCGACAACCUCCUGGGAGGCGACUACCUCGCUCGCCCCGAGAUUCUGGCUCUCCACGCAGCAAAGGACGGUGACCCACAGUUUUACACUGGCUGCGCGCAAAUCUUCCUCCAGAGCAGCGGCACCCUUGUCCCUGAGACGACCGUCUCCAUCCCUGGCUAUGUCGACUACAACCAGCCCUCGACCGACUUCGACAUCUACAACAGGCCUGCGAGCGAGUACGUUGUGCCCGGGCCCAAGAUCGCCAAGCUCACUUCGCGCGGCGUGUCCAAGGCGUCGGCCAAUGUGCAAACCACUGGCCUCAAGCCUGAAGGCUGCAUCGUGGAGAACGGAAACUGGUGCGGCAAGGAAGUUGCGUCGUACACGACCGAGAAGGGAUGCUGGGCUUCUGCCGAGGACUGCUGGGCACAGAGCGACAAGUGCUAUGCAGCGGCGCCAGUGACGGGAGCCGCUGGCUGCAAAAUCUGGGCGAACAAGUGCGAGGGCAUCAACGCCGAAUGCAACGCAGGCAACUUCAACGGCCCGCCCAACAAGGGCAAGAUUCUGACGCCGGCAAAGAAGACCAUCGAUGUAGGCCCCGUCAUGUCGAGCCAGGAUGGCGGCUAUGCACCUGCUCCACCAAAGUCGAGCCCUUCUCCUUCAAGCGACAAGCCCACCAAGCCUGCUCCUCAGCCUGAAAAGCCCGCUCCCCAGCCCGAGAAGCCUGCUGCGCCCAAGCCCUCAGUCGGUGACGGAUACGGACCUCCUCCUGUUAUCUCGUCUCCCUCUCCCUCAAAGGCACCAGCUCCCACACCGGCCCAGGAAUGCCCCGAGGGAUACAAGUGCGUUUACGUGACUGACAUUGCCGUCGUGACCACGACCGUCUACGUCACUCCUACGCCUGGCCCGGAUGGCGGCUACAAGAAGAGGGCUGCCGUUCACCCCAGGAGGCAUAUGUACCGUUCUUAGAUGGUGCGGAUAGGUGCCAAGUGAGAUACAAAGCGAGGUUCUGCCUGUAUAUGUGACAUGCGGGAAUCAUCAAAGGGGGGAAACAACAUUUUACCUUUCUGCGGCCUCGACUAUGGAGGGGCUCGCGAGCUGGUUUGGCUCUGUUUGGGCAUGGAAUGAAAACUUGCCUUGCUCGUGUCUUUUCUUUUUAUUCAGAUAGAAUCAACCAUGGUCAAUCUGAUUAUGAUUAUGAUGG